AUGUCAGAUCCAUUAAUAGUUUCAUACAAUGAUUCAGCAAUUUAUCAAAGUGAUAUCAAUAUACUCAAAUCAAAUCAAUGGUUAAAUGAUUCAAUUAUAUCAUUUUAUUUAGAAUGGUUAAAAGAUGGAGGAGAAGACAAUAAAAAUAAAAUACCAAACCAAGUAUUAUUGUUAAGUCCAAGUGUUGUAUUUUGUUGUAGUUUUGUUGAAUCAGAACAAGAGAUUCAAUUAAUGUUUGAACAACCACUUUCAUUAAAGACCAAAGAGGUAAUAUUCUUUCCAUUAACUAAUAAUAGAGAUCCAAAUGUAAUUGGUGGUGGUACUCAUUGGUCAUUAUUAAUCUUUAUAAAAAGUUUAAAUAAAUUCAUUUACUAUGAUUCAAUAAAUAGUUUUAAUUCUAGUGAUGCAAUAUUUAUAAUUUCAAAAUUUAAAUUUCUAUUAUCAUCACCACCACCAAAAACUAAUUUAAAAGAAUUUUUAAUAAAUCAAAAAACACCACAACAACAAAAUGGAUAUGAUUGUGGAUUAUAUGUUUUAUCAAUUAUUGAAGAACUAUUAAAAUUAAUUAUUAAAGAAAAUGAAAAUAAUAAGGGUGAAGAAAAUAAAAUUUCAUAUAAAGAUUUAUUAUUAUCAGAAUUUACAAAUGAAUUAUUAUUUAAAGAGAUUACACCAAAUUAUAUUAAAGAUAAAAGAGUUGAAAUUUUAAAUACAAUUUUAAAAUUAAAAAAAUAA